AAGUUCGAAUAAAAAAAGCUAAGACCCCAAAGGGGAGUUAACAAAUUAUACUGUUAAUUAACCCUUUAUAGAAACAAACUGCAUAUAAAGUGACAACAAAGUGCUUAAAAAUAAUUCAAAACUGUGAUAGUGUUUGUGAUUGUGUAGGUGUAAAAAUAAACGACUGAGUAAACUUUUGGUUGUACAGCUUGACAAAUUUAACUGGUGAGCUCAUUUGGGCAAACGCUUUACUACAGGCCAUGUCAUUGGAGGAAAUUAAGGCAACUUUGAGACGUUAUCCUAAGCUUCUUGGUGGAUUUGGCAUAUUGACCACAGCCGGUCUUAUACUUUACGAGUCGCCACAGAUAAGGAAGUACCUGUCACGCUAUGUGUACGACAAGAAAUCACAGGAGCCGGACAAGCGUCGCACGGAAUACAUUUAUAUCAAGUAUCACAUUUAUCGCGAAUCCAUGCGCAAGAUGCAGCAGAAGCAUGAGGAGGAUAAGAAAUGGAUUAGCGUGAUCAUAAACCCCAUUGGCAAAUGGUGGAAGGCAGCUAAGCAUUCGGUUGCUUGGAGAUUACUCAAUAUAGCACAGACUGGUAGUCAGACAGAACGCUUGAAGGCUGUGCAGCAACUGGUGUGCAUGGAUCAUCUAAAGGAUUGGGACUUUCGUCAUCUGGCGCAAAUAUGUGAUGCGCGCACUUCGAUAUCAUUGGCACGCAGCGGCGCCGACACGCGCUGGUUUAUGCCGGUGCCACGACGUGGUUGCUUCAAAAAUCCCAAACUACUGCUGUCCGAGCUGCAUGUGAUGUUGGCGCAGCUGCGCCCAAUGUCCUGCGUGGAUCACUUCUUUAGCAAAUAUUUCCCCGAACAGCCACAGCUUGAUGACCCAAGCGAGUUCUUUACACAAGAGCAAUCGAUCGUCUUGUCCUCGCAAGACACGGAUUUGCUUAAGGAAAUCAUCUCAUUUUUGCAUCAUAUCACCAAAGAUCCGGCCGUUGCUGCAAAGGUCAUACACAGAGGUGGCUUGGUGCAUCUUAUGGAACUGCGCAAGCUAUUUAAUGAUGACAAUGAAACGCUGGCGACGCUCUGCAAAGUAUUGGCAAAUAUGUCAAUAGUGCCGGAUGCUGUGGAGCAUUUCUUUGCCUCCGGCUGGGUGGGCGCCUUGGCCGAAUGGCAACAGUGUCCAGAUCUACGACUGCAGGUCAUUUCCGCCAAGGCAAUGGCCAAUUUAGAUCACGACGAUCCCAAUCAGAGCACCUAUCCGCCAAAUGUGUAUCCACUGCAUCCACGUGUACGCACACGCCAUAAGCCCAAGGCAGAUAUAGUCUUUGUGCAUGGUCUCUUGGGUGGUGUCUUUAUCACUUGGCGUCAGCGCGAUCGUAAGCCUACAGAAUUGGGUCUCUAUGGCAAGAAUGCCUUCUACACCAGCGAAUCGGAUGAUGUUUUUCUCGUGGGCGAGCAAAAGCGUGUGAACGGGAAUAAGCAGCGUCAGCUGUCCAAACAGCAGACACCGGAAGCAGAAGCAGAGGCACCGAAAAAAGUAGUAAACAAAGACGCUCUACUGAAGACUAGCAAGAAGUUGGAACAGAAGCCACUAAGUAUCAGCGAUGCAGCAACCAAAGAGUUUGUGGAAACGUUGCGCAAUGAGGCAGAGCUAGACUCGGACUGGGAGGUAGUGCAUCCGGAUGUGCCGUUGCGUGCAAAUGACAAUUGCUGCGGCAGAUUCAGCGUCGCGGGCAAUGAGUGGUGCAAUCAAGACACAUGCGAAGAGUACACUAACUGCUGGCCCAUGGAAUGGCUGCCCGAUGAUUAUCCCGAUGCGCGCAUUAUUGGCAUUGACUACACCUCAGCGGUUACCGAGUGGUCGGCCAACUUUACAAAAUAUUGUCCAUGCGAGAAGGGUCAGGGGCACAUUGAUGUACGUGCCAGCACGCUGCUGGAGCGCAUUGCUACCGCGGAUGUGGGCAAUGAUCGUCCGGUGGUGUGGAUUGGUCACUCAAUGGGUGGUCUCCUGACCAAGCUCAUGUUGCUCAAAUCCUUGGAUUCGCAAGUGCCACAGGUGCAGCAGCUGGCACACAAUACCAAAGGCAUUGUGUUUCUGGGCACACCGCAUCGUGGCUCGCCCAUAGCCAAGUGGAAGCAGCAUAUGCAAUUGAUAUUGUCGCCUUCGAUUGAAGUCAAGGAAAUGGAAGAGAAUGCGCCUAAGCUGCUGGAAAUGCACCGUCGCUUCAUGGGCUGCCUGCAUACGUGCCUGCGUCACGUGAAUAUCGUAAGCGUGGCCGAGGGCUCACCGACCAUGCUGACCACAUUCAAGUUUCCGCUGCGCAUUGUGACUGAAGAGUCAUCACGCAUUGAUUAUGGUGACUUCUUCUUGCUUAAGGAUGACCAUCUCAGCUUGUCCAAGCCCAUAUAUCGUCAGUCAUUUCUCUAUCAGCGGCUGCUGCAUGUAAUUACCGAAGCGGUCAAGCAAAGCGACGGUAAUGGACCCAAAGACACGGAGGACCAAUCAACACCAAUCUCGAAUCUCAUUAUAACGAACAUUUUGGCUGCCAUUGUCAAAGGAGCCAAAGGAAUAUUGGAAUCGCUGCCUCGCGAUGCCUUGCGUUUUAGCACUUAAGAUUUAAGUUGCCUAGAAACUUGGACCCGCUUGAACCUAGAGAGAGAGAUAGAGAGAUUGUGUGCUUAGUUUGUAGUUUAUGCCAUUUUUUGUGUGACAAAAGUAUUCCUUUAAAUGCUCGACGUUCAACGCUCGAUCCGCAAUGACAGUGUUCAUGUAGACUUACAUUUGUGUAUAUUUUAUAUAUAUAUU